AUGAUAAAAAAUACAGAACAACCAAAUAUAAAAGUUCCUGAAGAUAUUGCGGUUCCUGCAAAAAAUGAAUUUGCAUAUGCUUUAUACCUUGCCGGAUCUUUAAAUUGGACUUGUGUUGUUUAUCCCAAUGGCACGGCAUUUUGGAAUAACA